GUAAAUAAAUAAGAUCGUUAUAAGUUUUUACAAGUGUUGUAAGAUAUGUUUGUGUUGUACAGGGAAAACAAAACACCGAUUUUGUUGUUUUUGCUUCAAUUAAAAGAGAAAUAAGUCUGAGAUGGUCAAGUGAGGACAAUAUUAGUGAAUUUAGUUUUCCGAUCAUACAGUUUAGUGUGAAAAUGAUUAGGCUACUUGCAGUGCUGGCGUUGGUCCAUUAUGCUGUAGCUAUCACGGAACCGUCCCUAGAUGAGAUUAUUAACGAAAUAUUCGGGAUAUCAGAAGACGAAGAUGACAGCAAAGUGGGGCUCUCGGGCUGCAACGACCUUGAGGGCUCCGGCCGCGGGUGCCAUGAGUGCUACUUCUGUAACCACACCCUCAUACAGGACAGCAGAAUCAAAGGAGGACACGUGGAACUACAAUUAAAAGAUUCUUCAUGCGCCACCACCCAGAUAUGCUGCGUCCAACAACAAGACCUCGUCAAUUACAGAUUGAGCGACGCGUGCGGCAUAAACAACCCCGACGGCAAGCCACGCAAGCGGCGCUCCGCCCCGCGCGCCGUACUACAAGGGGAGUUUCCCUGGCGGGCCUGGGUUUACAAAAAGAACUCCCGCACCCCGCUCUGCGCCGCCUCAUUCGUGCAUGAAGACACCAUGGCACUCCUGACCCUGGCUUUUUGCGUCCAGGGUCUGUCUGCCGAGGGUCUGGAGGUGGCUUUCGUGAAAGGAGGCCAACGAUCUGCUGUCAGCAAAGUUAUUGUACAUAGUGGCUAUAAAGCAGGCCAAGACAUCAACAACAUAGCCAUCUUGAAGCUUCGCUCAUUAGAAUCAACACCGGCUUGGGCCUCCCCUGCCUGUCUACCACUAGCCCCACCUUCCCAUGCUGCACCCUGCAUCACCACCUCUGACAAGGACAUCCGUUUAAACACCAUAAUACCUCUCCGCAUAGCAUGCACGGAGACCCACAAAGCCCCGCCGGACUCUUUGACAUGUGCCAUGUUACCACCCAAGGACUAUCAACCAGAAAAGGCUGCAGGCCUCUUCUGCAAAGAGCAGCACGUGACGACGCCACUAUAUAUUCUACACGGCCUAGCCAUAUCGCGGCAGGAUGACUCCGUGACCACCUACGUCAACGUGUGGCAUUUCUCCGACUGGAUCAAGAAUCAGCUUGGGAUCGCUCGUUAGAUUACUUUAUCUAUUAUAAAUCUGUGUCAGCCUUAAAAUAAAUAAUAAAUGUUGUCACUAAAAGUA